GUAUCUUUUUCAGUUUCUUCAGCUGUGUGUGAAAUGUAAUGUAAGGCAAGCUAUGUAACUGCAUCAUAAAUGAAUAAGGAACCAGAGAUGAUUAAAGCCUGAUUGGACUUUAAAUAUACAGGACUUUAUACUGAAUGUGAUCUGAUCUACUGAUCCCUCCGGUCUGAAAUGAGCAUCUCCACUGAGGAAACCCUGUUGGAUUUAUUUGACAGUGGGCGUGGCCUGAAGGUGUGGUCGGCCACACCCUACUUGAUCAGUCUUGGUAGUGGCUUUAUUACUUUAAUACCUCUAACUGAAGAAAAAUCACAAAUUGGUUUUGAGGAUCCAGAGUCGCCACAGGAUGUCACCGCUGAUGGUCCAGGGAUCCAAACGCACCACUGUGUCAUCACCAACAGUGCUGGAGUUAUUACUUUACACCCCAAUGGAAAUAUGUGCCAUCUUGAUGGAGUUCAAGUUACCAAGCCAGCAAAGCUCACUCAUGGUAAUACACAGUAUUUUUAGCCUCCCCUCCAAAAUUGCAUUUAUAAAUACCUAACUGUACUGUUACAGUAACUAACCACUAAUG